CCGAUCUUCCACUCAGCACCUCGAUCUGGACUUUCUGAGCCUCGCGCUACGUAUUUUGACCUCCUCGCCGGUCAAAGUGGUGUUGCAGUCCUAAGCUAUUCACGAUUGUACUCAGAUAUACCGAUUGCGCGCAGAGCUUUCGCGCUCAGGCCCUCCUUCAAGAGAAAUGGCAGCGCUACGCCUUACGGGCGGACAACUCAUGCGGAUAUCGAGCCCUCUGUGCACGUCUACUCGGUCAUUCGCUUCUGCGGGGCGCCGCAGCAAGGAGCGUCAGCAAUACGUUUGCCCCACCACACUUUCACCGCUUCAUACAGCGCUUUCAAUCGCUCAGCGACAUCUGAACACUGGUCCGCCUUCCUUCCCGUGCGUAGAUGCCAACGAAGCGCGCACGGCUUGGCUGCUAUCUCAGGGACCCUCGUUGACCGAAAAUGAGAGUCAAGCUGCGCGCAUCUCUUCUGGUGAUGAUGGAGGACCCGAGCCAGCAUACUCGCCCCCAAAGGGCUAUCUGACCUUUAGCAGCGAAGAAUCUCUGAAGCUUGACUAUGGCGGUGAAUUGCCGCGCUUCGACAUAGCCUACGAGACAUGGGGCAAGUUGAACGAGAAGAAAGACAACGUCGUUCUGCUGCACACGGGUCUGUCCGCAUCCAGCCAUGCAGCAUCUACUAGCAGCAACUCGGCCAAGGGAUGGUGGGAAGCAUUCAUUGGGCCUGGCAAAUCCAUCGAUACAGAUCGAUUCUUUGUCAUAUGCACCAACGUUCUGGGAGGUUGCUAUGGCUCCACGGGUCCAUCCAGUCCGCACCCGAUCGAUGGGAAGCCCUACGCCACGCGAUUUCCGAUCUUGACCAUCUUCGACAUGCUCAGAGCUCAGUUCAGGCUGCUCGACCAUCUGGGCGUUCAGAAAUUGUUCGCCAGUGUGGGCAGCAGCAUGGGCGGAAUGCAGAGCGUCGCUGCAGCUCACAUGUAUCCGGAGAGGGUGGCAAGAGUGGUCAGCAUCAGCGGGUGUGCGAGGAGCGCUCCCGCCAGCAUCGCAUUGAGGUACGCUCAGAGAAGUGUCCUGAUGGCGGAUCCAAAUUGGAAUCGAGGCUUCUACUACGACAAGGGCUUGCUUCCUCCCCACACUGGUAUGAAGCUGGCUAGGCAGAUCGCCACCAUCACGUACCGAUCAGGGCCAGAAUGGGAGCAAAGAUUCGGCCGUCAUCGUCGUGUAGCGGCUUCCUCGGCCGAGUCUACUUCCUCCGCGCCUGCUCGCAAUGCGGCAAGCUUCUCAACAGGGUCUAGACGAAAGGAACAAGAUCCUGCUCUGUGCCCGGACUUUCUCAUCGAGACGUAUCUCGAUCACCAGGGAGAGAGCUUCUGUCUCAAAUACGAUGCCAAUUCAUUGAUCUACAUCAGCAAAGCGAUGGAUCUGUUCGACAUGUCAGACUAUGCGCUGGAAGAGCUAGCUAGAAGGCGCAAAGCUAAUGUCGCAGCUGCAAGAGAGUCGCUAGACAUCGAAGACGAGAUCGAACGAGCUUCGUUGGACAAGUUCGAUCAAGAGACGAGCACGAUUGGUGAAGCUUCUCAAGCAGAUGAGACGAUCGUCGAACCUGCUGCACAGCCCAGCUCUCCUCGUCGACAGCAUAUCCACACACUUGCUUCGCCCUCGGCUCACGCCUACCUUCCGGCACUAGCGAGAGGUCUGAAGAGGCUUAGCGAUGUACCUGUUCUCAUCCUCGGCGCUCAGAGCGACAUUCUGUUCCCAGUAGAUCAGCAGCGGGAAUUGGCGGAAUGCUUGCGCAUCAAUGGGAAUGAUCGGGUCAGAUACUACGAGAUCGACGCCCCACACGGCCACGAUAGCUUCCUCAUCGACGUGGCUAAUGUUGGAGGAGUUCUGGACGGCUUCUUGCGAUCAUCAUAGCUUGAGCCGCGGAGAGCGCAUCAAUGCAGUCACCGCGACACCAUCACAAAUUUGAUUUGAAAUCGAAACGCAUUUGUCACCGG